AUGUCUACCUCCGCAGAGAUUUUAGUCAAUGGGAACGGAAAGGCCGGCCAUGGCCAUAUCCUUCGUCCUCGCGCCGUCAAACCUCCCAACCCAGCUGUUCUACGGACCCAGAGCGAAGAAGGCCUGCUAGUUGUGAGCGAGGAUGGGAAUGGCAAUAUAUCGGGGCAGACGAGUGGCCGUUCCACUCCAGUUCCAGCAGAUGCGCCUCCAUCCGCCCACCACAUAUCUUCUGCGCGUAAGCAUAUCAGAGCUGAGAAUCGCCGUCGAUUAUUUCCGACCAUCGAAUAUGCCUCGAGGGUAUCGCACUUAGAUCCCAUGAGCGAUUACCGGGACUUUCAGGGAUUCUACAUCUUGUUUUGGAUUGCCCUGACAAUUAUGGCCAUAACGACUAUGCUGCGGAAUAUCAAGGAUACUGGCUAUCCCAUGCGCGUGGAGAUCUGGCACUUAUUUGCGAUCAAGGUUUGGGAGCUUGCUGUGGCAGAUUUCCUGAUGGUAGCCACCACCUCCAUUAGCUUGCCCCUACAUCGACUCUUCAGAAGUUCGAUUGGGGAAAAACUAGGUCUCCGGUGGGCAGGGGGCGGAAUGGCCAUUCAGAGCAUUUACCAAACCGUCUGGCUCGCGUUUUGGGUUGCAGUUCCUUUCCGUCGUGAUUGGACUUGGACUGCCCAAGUCUUUUUAACCCUCCAUACUCUCACUCUACUCAUGAAGAUGCACUCUUACGCGUUCUAUAACGGUCACCUUAGCGAGACAGAACGAAGAUUGCGGGCCCUUGAUGACCCGUCGACAGGAGAGUCGAAGGAGCCAGCAUAUCAAUAUCCGAGUGCUGGGCAACCAUUGGUAUCAACCGAGCAAGAGGACACCGCCAAAGAAAGGCUAGAUGUAUCAGAGCUACAGGAAGACCUGGCCCUUGAGCUUAUAUCCCCCAUGGGGAACAUCACAUACCCGAAAAACCUGACCUGGUCAAAUUAUGUGGAUUACUUAUGUUGCCCUACGCUUUGCUACGAGCUAGAGUAUCCGCGCACAAGUGGCAUUGUUUGGUCCCAACUGGGUUACAAAAUUCUGGCUGUAUUUGGCGUCAUCUUCCUCCUGACGAUCACCUCCGAAGAAUUCAUAGUGCCAGUGCUAGCCGAGGCGGCUACACGUCUCGAGAUGGUCGACUCGUUUUCCGAGACGGCACUUAUCUUGGCGGAAUCCAUAUCCAUGCUCCUCUUCCCUUUUAUGGUCAUCUUCCUUCUAGUUUUCCUUGUCAUCUUCGAGUAUGUUCUUGGUGCUUUUGCCGAGAUAACACGCUUCGCAGAUCGGAGGUUCUACUCAGAUUGGUGGAAUAGCACGGAUUGGCUUGAAUUCUCCCGUGAAUGGAACAUUCCUGUACACCACUUUUUCCGCAGACAUGUCUACAGCGCCUCAAGGCCACAUAUUGGUCGUCCCAUGGCAACGCUCAUCACGUUCCUCAUCUCCGCAAUUGGCCACGAAAUAGUGAUGGCGUGCAUCACGAAGAAGAUCCGAGGAUACGGAUUCCUUGCUCAGAUGAGCCAGCUGCCCAUCGUCAUGUUGCAGCGCACGAAAUGGGUCAAGGGGAAGAAGGUAUUGAACAACGUGUGUUUUUGGUGCUCGAUGAUUCUGGGAUUGAGCAUGAUGUGUUCGUUGUAUGUUCUUUGUUGA